UGAUAAAGUUAGUCGAUACAAAGUCGAUCAAACAUACAGACCUAUAUUGUUUCGUUGCAAGGUGCUUGUUUGACUGAUAAGUAUUUUGUUGUGAGUUCGUAGCACUUUUUUAUUGUAUCAUUUACAAUUUUAAGGUGUUAUUCAUAAGUGAAAUUUCAUUUAUUAAGCCGUGUUUGUGUUUUGUGCAAUGGUUCGUGAAUUGACCCCCGAGCUGUCUGCGAUAGCAAAAAAAGAUUUAAAUGAGCAUCCAAAGCAGCUUGCAAAUGAUUUAACAAAUUUAAAAGAAUGGAUAUCAAAACAACCUCAUUUAAAAGCGAGAACUGAUGACCAAUGGCUGGCUGCUUUGCUGAGGGGUUGUAAGUUCAGCUUAGAACGUGCCAAGAGUAAAUUGGACUUAUUUUAUACUUUGCGUUCCACCGCUCCCGAUGUCACCUUAAGAUUGAAGCCAACGGAACCAGCAUUUAUAGAAUUUCUCAGACUUGGAACAUGUCUAAUACUACCUCAACCAAAAAAUCUGCAUCCGACUGUUAUAAUGAUAAGGCCGGGUGCCUUUGAUCCAGAAAAAUAUAAUGGUGCUGAUAUAAUGUGUAUUUUAUACUACUUAGUACAGAUAUUAGUCAUGGAAAACGACGUGGCCGCUGUGAUGGGAACCAUGAUACUGGUUGAUUACCAGAAUGUUACGAUGAGUCAUUUAACACAAGCAAAUCCUAGUCUUUUGAAGAAAUUGGUAGCCGUCAGCCAGGACUCGUUGCCGCUGCGUCUCAAAGGUAGCCAUCAUGUGAAUGUCCCUCCUGGUAUAGAAAUUAUUUUUAAACUUGUAUCUGGUUUUUUGGGAGAAAAAGCAAAACAGAGACUGCGAAUUUAUAAAUGCUAUGACGAGUUACUUGAAAUUUUACCAAAGGACACAGUUCCAGUUGAAUAUGGAGGAAGUGGCGGCUCAGUAAAAGAAAUUAUAGAAUAUUGGGAGAAUAAGAUCGUAGAGUACAGGCCGUGGUUGGAGGAAGAGAUGAAGUACGGCACUGACGAGAGCAAAAGAGUGAAUAAAGAUAAUUUUGACGUCAGUAAUCAGGGUUCAUUCAGAACGUUAGAUAUAGAUUAAUUUAUAUAUAUUAUUUUACAUAUAAUAUAAAUUACAUUGAAAUUAAA